AUGGCUCAAACUGCAGCGGAUGAGCAUUGCAUUUCAGGUCUCUUUCACUGCAAAGAUCGAAUUUGCAUCAUCUUCAAUAAAAACAUGGAAGAGGCCAUCCUUCCACCCAUAGACCCAACAAUUUUAAAGUAUUUGCAACCUGGUGAUUUCAUCAUUGGCGGUAUUACUUCUCAGAUUUUAAUGCCAGAAGAACAGAAUGACUUCACACAACAUCCCAGUGAACAAGUUUUUGGAGACACUCUAGUACUGGCUAAGAACUACCAGCAUGCGUUAGCUUUGGUAUACGCUGUGAAAGAGGUCAAUGAAAACCACCAGAUCUUACCUAACAUCACCUUGGGCUUCCACAUUUAUGACAGCUACUAUCUUGCACACUGGACCUACCACAGCACAAUGGAACUUCUCUCAACACACAACAGAUUUAUACCAAACUAUAAGUGUGGCAUCCAGAACAAAGUCAUGGCUGUCAUUGGGGCUCUUUACUCUGCAAUCUCCCUCUACAUGGCAAACAUCUUAGGUGCCUACAAAGUUCCACAAUUCACAUAUGGCUCUGUUCCUCUCACGAAUGAUAAAAGUGAAAUGUCUUCCUUCUACCAAAUGGUCCCCAAUGAAGACUAUGAACAUGCAGGGAUUCUCCACCUACUAUUGCACUUUGGAUGGACAUGGGUUGGAGUCAUUGCCAAAAAUGACAAGAAUGGAGACAGCUUUGUGAGGUCAAUAAGUGAAAUAUUUCCCCUGAGUCAUAUCUGUUUUGCCUUCAUAGAGAGAAUUGAGGAAAUGUACAUGAAUGAGCUUUAUGAAGCAAUGGAUUGGUUGAUUGGAAUUUAUAAUGUUUCGAUGCAGAGCAAUGCCAAGGCAGUGAUUGUCUAUGAGGAAGAUAUAAUUAUUUUCAGGUGGUUGUUGUAUCUACCAGGAAUGGAAGGAAAUAUAAUGAUGCCUGAAGGUAAAGUAUGGAUUCUGACUGUCCAGCUGGAGCUCACAUCAUUCCAUUAUCAAAAGAGGUGGGAUAUACAAACCAUGCAUGGGGCUCUGGCCUUUACCAGUCACUCAAAGGAAGUGUUGGGAUUCCAACAUUUUCUUCAGACCAGAAACCAUCUUGGGACCAAAGAAGAUGGUUUUAUCAAGGAUUUCUGGGAACAAACAUUUGAUUGUUCAGUUCAAAAUCAGCUGAUGGGCACAACAAUAGAGACAACCUGCACUGGGGAGGAGAAGCUUGAGAAUCUCCCAGGGGCUUUUUUUGAAAUGAGCAUGACUGGACACAGCUACAGCAUCUAUAACUCUGUCCAUGCUGUAGCCCAGGCUUUACAUGCCAUGCUGUCAAACAGACUGAAACAGAGAGGAAUGGUGAACCUUCAGGAUCAGGAGCCUUGGCAGCUGCACCACUUUCUAAUGCACCUAUCAUUCAAUAACAGUGUUGGGGACGAAUUAUCUUUUGACUUGAACAGGGAAUUGGUAGCUGGAUUUGAUAUUAUAAACUGGGUCACUUUUCCAAACCAGUCUGUUCAAAGAGUGAAAAUUGGGAGAGUGGAUCCACAGGCAAAUUCAUUCACCAUUAAAGAAGAUGCCAUCAUAUGGCACAAGAGUUUUAACCAGACAUUGCCUUUUUCUAAAUGUAAUGACAACUGCCACCCCGGUUAUAGCAAGAAAAUGAAGGAGGGGGAGCCAUUUUGCUGUUAUGAUUGCAGCCGAUGUCCAGAAGGGAAGAUUUCAAGCCAAAUGGACAUGGAUGACUGUCUUCAAUGUCCAAAUGAUCGAUACCCAAACAAGGACCAUGAUUUCUGCAUUCCUAAGAUAAUAACAUACCUGUCAUAUGAAGAACCUUUGGGACACAGUUUAGUCUUCUUUGCUCUUUCCCUUUCUAUCGUCACAACUCUAGUCUUAGGAAUCUUUAAGAAGCACCACAACACUCCAAUCGUCAAAGCCAAUAACAGGAACCUCACUUACACUCUUCUCAUCUCCCUCCUGCUCUGCUUCCUUUCUGCAUUGCUAUUCAUCAACCAGCCUGAGAAAGUGACAUGUCUCCUCCGUCAAACUGCUUUUGGCAUCAUCUUCUCUGUGGCUGUGUCUUCCGUGAUGGCCAAAACCAUUACUGUGGUUCUGGCUUUCAUGGCCACCAAGCCUGGAAGCAGGAUGAGGAAAUGGGUGGGGAGAAGACUGGCCAUCUCCGUUGUUCUUGGCUGCUCCUUUGUCCAAACAGGCAUUUGUGCUGUGUGGUUGGCAACCACUCCUCCAUUCCCUGAUGUUGACAUGGGCUCAGUGCCUGAAGAAAUUGUCUUGGAAUGUAAUGAGGGCUCCGUGACCAUGUUUUACUGUGUCCUGGGUUACAUGGGUUUCCUGGCACUUAUCAGCUUCACUGUGGCUUUUCUUGCAAGGACGUUACCCAACAGUUUCAAUGAGGCCAAGUUUAUCACUUUCAGCAUGUUGGUCUUUUGCAGUGUUUGGUUAUCUUUUGUUCCCACUUAUUUGAGCACCAAGGGGAAAUACAUGGUAGCUGUGGAGAUCUUCUCCAUUCUAUCCUCCAGUGCUGGGUUGCUGGGUUGCAUCUUUUCUCCCAAAUGUUACAUUAUUUUGUUGAGGCCUGAGUUGAACAACAGGGAAAUGAUAAGAGUUUAA